CUCCGCCGCCACUGUGCCCCUGGCCCCGGGGCUGGAGAAGGCCAGGGGUCUCUCCUACGAAAGCCUAAAUGGCUCCUUGGUGGAGUACAUCGAGAAGGUGCGAGCCCUCGAGCAGGUCAACCACGAGCUGGAGGAGCACAUCAGAGUCUACCUGGACAAGAAAGCGGCCAGCGUGGGCAGCUGGCGAGCGCUGCGGGAGAACUGGGAGGCGAUUUACCAUCAGGUAGGCGAAGCAGUCCUUGAAAAUGCUCGUCUUAUGCUGCACACCGAGAACAUCCAAGCCUGUGCUGAAGAUUUUAAAGACAGGUAUGAAAAUGAGCAGCCAUUCAGAAAAGCAGUGGAAGAUGAAAUUAAUUCCCUGUAUAAAGUGAUUGAUGAUGCUCAUUUGACUAAAAUGGAUCUGGAGAGUCAGAUAGAGAGCAUGAAGGAAGAACUAACUUUGCUGUCAAAGAAUCAUGAAGAAGAUGUGAAGGUAUUAUACAAGCAGCUUGCUGGAUCUCAGCUGGAAGAUCUUGAUGUUCCCGUGGGAAGUGGCCUGGAUGACAUCCUGGAAAAAAUCAGAAUCCACUGGGAGAGAGACAUUGAAAAGAAUCGCGCUGAGACAGGUGUCCUGCUGCGUACCAAGCAACAGGCUGAAACGAUGGCUGCUGUGCGCACCCAGGAGGAAGAGCUGGUGGAGGGCCUCAGAACCGAGUUCCACGAAACCGCCUGCAAAAUACAGAGCUUGCAAGCAGAAACCGAAUCUUUGAGAACCUUGAAGAGGGGUCUGGAGAACUCUUUAUAUGACGCUAAGCACUGGCACGACAUCGAACUGCAGAACCUAGGCUCUGUCAUUUCCAAGCUGGAAGCAGAGAUGGGAGAAAUCAAAGUAGAAACCGAGCAGCAACAGCGGGAUCGUGAAAAUCUGCUGACCAGCAAACAACAGCUGGAGAAAGACAUUGCUGCCUAUCACUGCCUUCUGGAUGGAGAAGAAAGCAGAUUGCUGCUAGCUACCGACAUUCCUCCAGCACACCUUGCCAGCCUGAACACUAUUGACGCGUUAACAGCUUUCACCAUCCCAGUGAGACAGGAAAUUGAGAACAUGAAAGACUAA